AGCCCAGUCAAUAUCGGACUUUUGGGCAAUAAUGUCUUCACUUCUCCUGGGUUUGCUAACCCUACUGCUGCUGCAGCCCAUGGUGCUGUUCGCUUGGCAGGAUUACAAGGACUACAAGUUGUACGAACUGAAGAUCGAAGGAGCUGAGGAGCAGAAUCUUGUAAGGAAGUGGUCGAAGGAAAAUCCCUUAUGGGACUUUCACGAGCCAAAACGCAAUGAAAGCCUACUAAAUGUGAUGAUACCACCUGAGGAAGCUAAAAGGUUUUUAGAAACAUUGCGAAACUACCACUUGGAGUAUAAAGUUCUGAUCGAGGAUCUGGCUCCUUUGGUGCAUGCCCAACGAGCUGAGAAUCUUAGGAAGAAGCUGCUGAUCCAAUGGCCACACAUAGAUGUACUAUCAGCAUUUUAUACCCAUUCAGAAAUUAAUGAUUAUCUGGAUAGUUUACCUGAAAGAUUUCCGAAACGAGUUCAAGUGAAGCAAUUUGGUUGGAGUUACGAGAGACGCCCCCUCAAAGUUUUGACUAUUACAAAUGGAGAUGGUAGGCGGAAUAAGCCGGUGAUUCUAAUUGAUGGCACGGUCCAUGCUCGGGAAUGGAUAUCACCAUCGAUGGCGCUUUAUAUCAUCCAGCAGCUGUUGGACAACUACGGUGAUAAUCAGGAGCUCUUACAGGACUACGACUGGGUGAUUAUGCCAGUAGUCAAUGCGGAUGGAUAUGAGUACACACACGCGGAUUCUCGUUACUGGCGUAAAUCGCGUCGAUCCACCAGCAAUCCGGAUUGCAUUGGCACGGAUAUCAAUCGGAAUUUUGGCUACGAAUGGGGCCACGACGAGGGAUCUUCCUCGGAUCCGUGCGAACCUAUUUACCGAGGUGAGCGACCAUUCGACCAACCCGAGUCGCAGGUCCUGCGAGAUGUGAUGCUCCAUUAUAAAGGACGACUCAACUUUUAUCUCUCACUACACUCGUAUGGAAACUAUUUUCUGUUACCAUGGGGUUAUACCAGGUAUUAUAUAUGUGGCCAGUUGACUGUGUCUAGCUAUUUAAGUGGCCCGGCACAUCCACGCGGUUGCUCAGUUCGUGCGAAGAUGAAGUUCUCUCUGGGUUUGCUAGUCCUCUUUUUGGGCACCACUCUUGUGGCUGCCGAACAGGAUUACGAGGGUUACCGCAUCUAUGAGGUGAUUCCGUCGACUGCCGACCAGGCUCACCUGUUGCACAAACUUAGUCUGCAGGGAUACGAUUUCAUCAGCGAGACUCGUCUGUUGGGUCAUCCGUCUCGUGUGAUUGUGAGUCCCGGUCAAUUGGAGCACUUCCAACAGCUGGUUGAGGGAGAGAAGAUGACACAUACUCUGGUUAACUCCAACCUGGGCGCCUCUAUAGCCGAGGAGUUUGCCCAGAGGCAGAUGCAGCGCCUUUUGGCGCCCAUCACGGGAAAGGGUCGUUUGAGCACGGAGCGCUACUACACGCACGAGGAGAUUAUCAACUAUAUCGAUGACCUGGCCAAGCGUUUUCCCAGGCGAGUCUUCGUUAAGACCGUUGGCUGGUCCUACGAACAGCGAGUCCUGAAAACCAUCACCAUCACCAAUGGCGAUGGCAAGGCUAACAAGAAAGUGAUCUUCAUGGAUGGUGGUUUCCAUGCUAGGGAAUGGAUUUCUCCAGCAGCUGUCCUCUACGUCAUCGAUCAAUUGGUGGAGCAGUUCGAGGAGAACGCCCAUCUGCUGAAGGACUACGACUGGGUCAUCCUGCCACUGGUCAAUGCCGAUGGCUAUGAGCACACCCAGACCGGAACUCUGGCUCGAAUGUGGCGCAAAACCCGUCAGCCAUACACGUCCGCUGGACAGACGUGUUACGGAGCUGAUCCCAACCGGAAUUUCGACUUCCAUUGGAACGAGGAGGGCGCCUCCUCGAACCCAUGUGCGGACACCUAUGCUGGACCAAAGGCCUUCUCCGAACCGGAGACGAUUACCGUCCGGGAUCUGAUGCACUCACUGACCGAUCGGGGUAUUAUGUACCUCACUAUCCACUCCUAUGGCAACUAUCUACUGUAUCCUUGGGGAUGGACGUCCGAUCUGCCCGAGAAUUGGGAGGAUCUGGAUGCGGUAGCCCGCACUGGAGCUGAGGCCAUUGAGAACGCUACUGGUACGGUGUACACCUAUGGAUCCUCCACCAAUGUCCUGUAUAUUGCUGCUGGAGCCAGUGAUGACUAUGGCUACUAUGCCGGCUUCAAUGUGUCCAUCACAAUGGAGUUGCCCGGUGCUGGCAGCAUUGGAUUCAAUCCUCCAGUGACCCGCAUCGAUGAGUUCGUCACCGAAACCUGGAUUGGCAUCCGUGCCAUGGCCGAGAAAGUGAUCGAGAUGUAUUAGAAGAUGUCUUUUAGUUUUUCCAAUAAAUUACCAUUAAUCUAUAGAACACAAUAUAUACCCACUGAUAUGUCAGUGAUGAUA